UUACCCAGCAGCCCCCUCUCCCGUCACUUUAAACAUGUAGACAACAUACGCUUGAAAAUAACUGACUCAGCUGUGCUGCUAUUAAAAGAGCUCAAAUCCCAAAGUAUUGCUGUGGCCCGUCCGGCUGUCCCGUGGUCGUGGUCGUCGUGGUCGUCGGAGGAGCUCAGUGAACGAGCUGCUGAGGCUCUUCAGGAGAGGAAUAAAUCCAGAUCACCUGCAGACGCAGACAUCCUGCAGGAGAUGGACCCGGUCUGGACCACCACCGUCCUCCUGGUACCUUGUGUCGUCGUGCUGACGGCUGGAUUCUUCUACCUGUACAGCGCCGUCAUCGGCCUGCUGUCCAAAACCUCCGUACGCAACAAGGUGGUGGUUAUAACCGACGCUCUAUCGGGGCUCGGGAAAGAAUGUGCAGGAGUGUUUCACAAAGGAGGCGCGAGGCUGAUCCUCUGCGGGAAAUGUUGGGACAAACUGCAGGAACUUGCAGAUGAUCUGGCGAACGCCUCGGACCCGACCGUGACGUUUCCCCCUAAACUGGUGCUGCUGGACUUCGGGGACAUGGACAGCAUGCCCGAGGCGGUGGAGGAGAUCCUGGAGUGUUACGGCUGCCUGGACAUCCUCAUCCUCAACAGCAGCAUGAAGCUCAGAGCGCCGGCACAGACGGUGUCUCUGGAGACCGACAGGCUGAUGAUGGACAACAACUACUUCGGACCGGCCACGCUGGCCAAAGGUGUGCUGCCCACCAUGAUCUCCAGGAGGACCGGUCACCUGAUCCUCGUCAACAGCAUUCAGGGGAAACUGGCGGUGCCGUUUCGCACCACAUACGCAGCCUCUAAACACGCUGUUCAGGCUUUCUUCGACUCCCUGAGAGCUGAAGUGGAAGAAUACGGCAUCUCCGUCAGCACCAUCAACCACACCUUCAUCAGCCCGUCGUCGUCUUCGUCACCUGAGGCGUCCUCGUCCAGAUCCCUCUGGUCCCUGUUGUACACUCAGAAGCCACUCGGUGUUUCUCCGGACGAGGCAGCGACUGAGAUCGUGAAGACUCUGAACAACAAGAGGAAAGAGGUUGUAAUCGCUCCCUCGCUCCCCAAGGUGGCGCUCUACGCCAGGUCCUUCUUCCCCAACGUCUUCUUCGCUGUGAUGGCGGCCGGAGUGAACAACGCCGCCGCCUGCGAGGACAUGUAGAGCUGCGGAGGGAUGGAAACCACAGAGAAAGAUGUUUUAUUAGGAAUAAACCAGCUGAGAUCUUGGUUUAAAAUACACAAAUACCGUAAAAAAAACUUCUAAUAAGACGCCUCGACUUUUAUUUAAAGUUUUACGGUAGACGCAAAAAAAGGAUAUAAUUUAAUUUGAUUUAAUUUAAUUAAAACCAACAAAAAGAGCAUGACAAUGGAUCAAUCACUGAUAGUUUAGAGUGAAAGUGUUCAGUAAUAGAAUAAUAAGCACUACAGUAUGAAGCUGUUAUUAAAUACAGUUGAUCCUAAAAUAAGAAGACAGAAUAUUUAAAAGGUAAAUUAAAGCUUUACAUGUUCUUCAGUGCAGGAAAUAUUAAAAAUAACAUGUUUUAUCCAGUUUUAGACUUUUAGUCGGACUGCAUUUGAACUUUAAUGUUAAUGAAAUGAUUUUUUAAUAAUGUGUUCAGAGCAAAGUUUCUCCCUCAGAAAGAAUUAAUUUCUGUUUAUUUUACAACAUAAACUGAUCACCUGAGUAAUGUGGCAGUUAUAAAGACAAUGUUUUAUCUGUUCUUGUAUUUGUGGACAUUGAGAAAACAAAUAAAAGUGUUUAUGUGUCAUGAAAAAGUCUUUUAUUUUGACAGCAGCCCCACGUACACAGAAAGAUUAUAACAUUAUACAUAAUUUACAUAAUGUACGGAAGUUAUUAUUUUAUUAUUAUAACAUUUUACUAUCCACUCCAUUUGUUGUGCUGAGUGUUUUCCUAACGAGGAUCUUAAUAAACAAAUAUAAAACAAC